AUGAGGAUUCGAAGUCCAAUCUGUAAACCCCCCGAGGAUGAUAGACUUCAGGUCAGUCUACAGCAGCAGCAGCAGCAGCAGCAGCAGCAGCAGCAGCAGCAGCAGCAGCAGCAGCAGCAGCAGCAGCAGCAGCAGCAGCAGCAGCAAGUGAGAUUAACUCGUUGGCUUUUGUGCUUCAACGUCGAUAAGGGCAAUGUCAUUCGUCUGAACAACUUAGUCAGAUUCGUCAGCACGAAAGAUACUUUCCAACGAUGCAGGUAUACAAAACGCUGAGGCCAAAGAUGUUCUAACGGCGAACUACUUAAAACCAUCCACACAUUGCUCAAAGGUGAAAAAUGUCCAGUGUCCGUACUGCCCGCCACCAGGCAAACACUUAUGGAUUUCGAUGGGAACUUCUUAUCGGGGAUUUUCGAACAUUCCUUUGGUCGCAUUUAAAAUACGGCAUAUAAGCCUGGGGACAAUGUACGUUCCAAAAUCAAUGUGGCCUUGAAAUUGUUCAACGAAAAGCCACGAAAAUGAGUAGGGGUCAAAACGCCUAGCAUAAAGCAAAACCGCCUAACAAAUCUGUACUUUUCCCCUUUGAAUUCUAAGCAUUUGCGCAAAAGCACCCAUAAGCGUUCAGCACUGUUAGACGUCUGAAUGGCAGUGUGGACCUUGAGAGCAUUUUUGAAUUUACCACGAUAACCCAACUUCGUGGUCACCAUUGAAAUUGCUCGUCAGCAGGCGAGUCUGAAAUUGCAGAGGGUCUCCAAUUCUGUCAGAGUCAUUAAAUCACGGAAUGCACUCACCGUAAAUGCUGUGGUGUCACCGUCGUUGGAAAGCUUUAAAAUGAGGCUGGAAAUAUUAAUGCUCUGAAAUGAGCAAGAUUAAUGAGAGAUUUAAAUCAGGCAUUCAGAACCACUCGUAAUUUUCGUAAUUUUAUGGUCACCACUUGAACCAUUUCAGCCCAUACGGUGACUAUUCAGACUGGACGUUAUGGUACUCAAAGGUGCAUGCCUGUUUCCGUUAAUAAACUGAACUGAACUGAGUCAGGAAACUGCUGGACGGUAGAGUCGCGUAGGUCAGAAAUUGGGUUACCCUCUAAAUGAAUGUCAGCAAGCUUUGUCAGGUGAAAGAUGGACGUCAAAAUAAUGAUAUCCGGUUGAAAUAAUGCAUCAGCAACGACAGCGUCGUCGCCCUGGACAUUUGGGAUGUUGGGAGCAGGUCGUAAAUGCAAUGUAGGUGGCGCACCUCCCUAGGGAAGCGUCAUCCGGCUUGAAUUAGAAUGCGAAAGUGGAGAUAAACAGACGUCCGUAGUCGAGGCACAUCCCAAAACCUUCGGUCGUUAACAGGUGGCAGAAAUGACAAAUGGAUAGGUAGAUAGCAAAAUGUUUGCGAGAGAAAGCACUGUGGCGAUUCUGAGCCAAAAGAAGCUUCUGCGAAAAGAAAACAAGUGGCAGCAACUGGCUAUUCUUCUGUUUAUGUAAGAUGACGCCGACAGUACCUGUGGAAGCGUCAGUGGUCAACAUCGGUUAUACACUUGCGUCGAUACUGAGACGGUGACGCAUAGUGGCGUCCGCAGGAGCCUUCUUAUAUGCGUAAAAAACUGAGUGGAUUGCCAGUAGGAAUUUGACCGGCUUUGUCUUAAACUUCAGAUAAUCAGUCGUGGAAGGCAGUGCGGGCGCGCAGUUAGGAAUAUAUCGUCGGCAUUAGGUGGAAAGGCCAGUGAAACGCCGCAACUGCGUAUGUGUUUUUAGAGAAGCGACUCCAUGCUGUCUGUCGUGACGACCGGGGAAUCUGUAAACGAGACGCCAAAAAACGUCAACGUUUAUUUUCAAUCAGUGUUGCUAGAAAGAGUUGAAUACCUGGAACAAAUAUGAUGCGUGUCCCUCUAGCUGAAAACUGACGACGAACGUAUCGUCUGUGUAAAAGUGAACAUUUAAGACUGCGCAAAUCUUCCUAGAUAAAACAACUCGACUAUUUGCUGACAUCGCGCAAACCGAAGGACAUGCAAAGGAAUGCGUUGGCGAAUAAAGGGUGUCGUGGCAACUAUUUCGAAAUUUUCCCAUCAGCGACUGGUUCUCGUAGUUGGUUAUCGUAAAUUCGGUCUUAAAAAAGACUUUCCCAGCCGACGCGUUGAAAAAGUCGUGAAUAAGGGGAAUUGGAUACCGAUGCGGUAGACUGACUCCUCGGGACACGAUAAUUACUACACGGUCUCCAAUCAUCAAGUGAAUAUUUGGUGACAUACGCAGCGGGACACAUAAUUACAAAUGCAUCAUGUAUUUGAAUUCGUUCCUGCCCGGAGCUUAUCGGGGUGAAAUAUGCCCGGAUGAGCAUGCACGAAUUAGCCUGUUGUGACGAUGCUGUGUUUGUCCGCGUGUUAAACUGUCCAUGGUUCAGUAGUGCUCCCCAGGCACUGUACAAUAAAUUCUUCAUUAUCGUCCUGCCUAAUAAUUCGGUUUAUUCUAGAGACAUCAAAAGCGACUUCGGCGCACGAAUUAGAUCGAAUGGCGCAUGUUUCAUCGUUGACUAAUACAAAAGGAUAAACGCCAGCAAAAUAUUGUCACUUUUGAGAAGAAUUUCAUGAAGCAAGAGGCUAGCCAGAGGAAAUAAAACAAAUAGUUGGCACCCACUUAUGAGGUGUAUCUGAAUGCAGGGGCCCACUAACGCUAUCAAAAGGUGUUUUUUUAGACUUUGUUCAUUUAUGUGCUGGUAGUGUCCUGCUUUUCAUAUCCAAAUAAUGCUGUAUACUUUCUGUGUCUACGUUUGUGAAUGCUACUUAGGGCUGCUAAUUCUGUUUUUUUCUGCAAUCUGGAUGAGCGCUCGGCGCAGUUCCUUUGUCUGGCAAUGGCUGCAAGCGUCCAAUCGUUAAAAAUACUGUUGGACAUUCCAGUGCGUGUCUAAGGUUCUCAUACACUCCUACGAUUUUAUGGCACACACGGGUUCGCGGGUUCUCGAAUAGAUCUGUACAAACCUUGAAGUCCAAACUUAGGUCUCUUGCUAAUAUACAAGUUGCUCCGAGUUCUUUUCUUAAUCAUUGUACGAUUUUUCUUAAGCAUUGCGCCGCCUGACCUUGGUAUACUACCUUCUUGAAGACAUAUGCCAACCAUUUCAGUCUUCUAGCGUAGUCGUCUGUGUGGUUUUAUGCCUACACUAUUAUCGCCCGCGCCAUACAAGUUCGGCAAGCGUGGUUUCUUGGACCAAUUUGGUUAGCCGCUUUUCUCGCAUCUAUCGUUGUUGUAAACAAGUCUUUUUUCAAGUGUUCGUAGACAGAUUUAUUUGCCUUAUGUUUAAAAGUGCUGGAGUCUGAGGUGCCCUUACAUGGAGACAUGUCUAAACUGUAUGCCUGAGAAAUUGCCAUUUCGUCAAAGAAUGAGACUUUGUUAUAUUAACCAUGGUUAAUAUAACAAAGUCUCAUUUGUUAACGAAGAAAGGCCUAUGUUAUUGCGGAAGAGGUAAAGCCAUAUUUAUUCGCGAUGAUCGAAGUGAUUGGUUGCAGUUACUCAAGUUCGGUACUGACUGCACCAAAUGUUACAAUACUUGCGCGCAUCGAUUGUUGUUGGGCGCUGAUAUUGGCCUCCAAAACGGGAUGCGCCGUAAAUGCACUAAACCAAAACAAAAUCAGACUGGCUCUUGACGGGCGGCGCAGAGUCCCCCGUUGUCCAAAACUACUGUCAUCGUCGGUUGGUAGAUUUAGUCGACUGGUACAUGGAGGAGGGAAGGGACCUGAUAGCAUUUAGUCGCCUAGGGCUAGAUCUUUGCUAGCCCGUUUGACUUGCGGGCUAGUACAGAGAUAGUAACCUGAUGGCAGACAGUGCUCGAUCUGUGCGAGGAAAGGAGCAAUUCUGCUACACCUUGAUGCUCACCCGAGCGCAUUUUGCACGUCACUCAUGAGGGGCCCCUUUGCGCGUACGCACGCACGCACUGUAUCCAGACUUAUGCGCAUGUUUGCCGACUUAAAUCGUCUUGGGCUACAACGCCGUCAAUUCGGCCGAGUAGGCUUGUUAACUUACUGUCCCCGUGUGGACAGUGUCCGCUAAGAUUGCUGAGAAAAUCCAGUUAAUCGCAACACCAGCCCGCGACCAGGCCAGCCCUGGGAGGGUAGAAUGCUAUCAAGGGAGAGUAAGGUCGACAAUGAAGGAUCCACUCCUCACAGCAAGUCAGCGUAUUUCGCUCUACGACAAGUCGGGCGUGCUUGAUUCUAUGAAGACUCGUGGCUUGGAAGGUUGUUAACUACCGGGGUAAGUGGGUCCUUUGCAGUACUGAGUCUGGUCCAAUGGCUCCUCCUGAAUGUGAACUUUAUGUUACUCUCAUCAAUUUGAGAUCUGACCCGCUCAUGCAGUGGAUACCAGGUUGUGGGACGAGUAAGCGGGCUGUUUAGCUUUGUCAGCCACUUCUCCCGCGCCCACUUUCCAUGGUCUUUACAUUAUUUUGCCAUUGGAUCAAAGGGGGCGAGGGAAGAUAGAGAGAGAGCGGCAACUUUCACAGAAAUUUGCCUCAAUUGACUAAUCUACGGGCAGCUGGCCAUUGCUAUGCUCAAUCCGUGGGGCGCUAGGUGGACGCCGUCGUCUGUGACAUCCGAACUCUCGGAUGCUGGCAUAUUCGCAGUCGUUGACGUAGUAGGUAGAGUGUCUGACGUCAUAGAUUGCUUGGAAGGUAGUUGUCCCAGCAGUUAUCUACCGCACCUCGUAAAGUCAGUCCAGUCGUAAAUGACAAAGCGCAACUACAUGUGCUGGCGGACGGGAAGUUUACUUGGAGUCAGGAGACAUCGUAACCCAUAUUUUGCAGCCGACCGUCAUUGUGGGCCACAAAAAAUAGCUACUCCUGCAUAGGUCUGACUCAGGUGGAGGACUCAGUGCAGUGGAAUUCCGCGGAUUGCAAUAGUUUAAAAUGCUUUUCUUGGCUGUUGCUAAGUGUCCGUCCGUCUGCUCGUCUAGGAAUGUAGGAAUCCUCGAACACUAUUAACUCAAGCAUUUGAAGAAGGUAUUCGUGCUCAACCAUUGGCACCAUCAAUAAUUUUGACAGAGCUUUCAUAUUUUUGCUUCUUACAAUUGCCAUGCGGUCGGUGGAAUAUCAACUUGGCACGUAGAUCUCUAAAAUUAAACUUAUGGCCUGCCUAUGAUUGUCACCUCACACGGUAUGACUCUGGCCGGCCUCAACCAUGUCGCGAGUUUUAUCCCUCUACCCGCAAUUACCAACAAUAGUUGGCCCUGGUAGAUCGAUUCACCUCCUCCGCCAUUAAAGGAGACCAUUUGCCGUAGGUUCAACAGCCACUGUUGUGUCCCGAUUCACUGUAUCAGACCAGAUUCUCAGCUGACCUGACAUCAAGGUAAGUGGCUGUGCUGACUUUCUGACAACAGUCCCAAUCUCAUAGGUUGGUUCUAAAGUAUACUUUCAUAGGAUGAUACAUUUUAACCGGCGCGCCUCACCAUAUAACAUCGCUUGUUAGCUUCCUACACAGGAACUAUCCUGAUCAGAAAGUGGCCGACAUUUCUCCCUCAUAAACCUUUUUACCACAAGAUACACUUUAAGUCUUAAAGCGCCGAAAUAAUUUCAAAAUGAAUAUUCGUGAACAAAGUAUGUGUCUAGAAACGAUCUAAAUGUCCUCUUUCAUCAUCAUCCUAUUUCACUAGCAUUUCUUUAAUGGCUUAUUUUUCGCUUCAUUGUACCUAUAGUUACCAAUGAAGAAUACGAGGGCAGACGGAUAUUUUGCUCAAACAUCUAAAGCGGCCCACUCCCCAGAACUUUCUAUUCAUUUCAAGCCUCUCAACAAAAAUGCAAGUUCAGAUUCACCUCAAAGGCCAACAGUGAAGCAACGAAAACGGAAUAGCUCUUACCACAUUGCUAGUCCCCAAAAUCCACAAACAGAAGAGAAAAAACGAAACGCAAACACCCAACUCCCGCUAAAGACUGCAAAGAAAACAGCGGCCGAAUCGGAAUCUCAAAUUGAUUCUGAAGAGGUGACACCAAAACAACUGCCGGCAGUACAUGACAAAACGUUUGUAUCCCGGAACUGGCCAGGGCCAACCAAGUCAACCUCGUCCGAGCACCGGAAUGACGCUAGAAAGGAAAAGCCAAAGACUACCGCUGUAAACAACCUUGGAAAAACACCCGCAGCGAUGGUGAACACGCCGAGUAAAAUGACCAAUUCCCUCAAUAAAAAAGGAAUAGUCGAAAACAUUCCAAAACAGGCAAAGCCGGCGAUGAAGGCAGGCGUGGUAGACAAGGCUGGAAGUCAGUCGAAGAAGGCGUCGAGUUCAUCGGAGUCUGAGAGUGAGUCGGAGGAUGAGCCGCCGAAGAAGACAGUCGCAGUGGCGAAGCCGGUGGUGAAGGCAGGCGUGGUAGGCAAGGCUGGAAGUCAGUCGAAGAAGGCGUCGAGUUCAUCGGAGUCUGAGAGUGAGUCGGAGGAUGAGCCGCCGAGGAUAAUGGUAAGUGUGUUGUAGCCUGUCUUGUGAACUGCUUUAACUUCUUCGGCGAGUGUUAGUUUUUUGAUUUAUGCCGUCUUAAGUAGCGCUGAAUUGAGGUUUUCAGGGUAUGCCUUCCUUAUUCCUCAGGUGUCUUCUACUGGAAAACGUGCGCUCCCUGGUCCGAAUUCGGCCGCGGUGAUGCCGAAGAAAUUUAAGGCGGAUUCUUUUUCGUCCCCGAGUAUUCGCGCAUCCCUUGGUAAUUCUGUUCUCUGUGGACUGUUUUACUGUUUUCAUAGCCUGAUAUCUGUGCUGUUUGUUUGGGCGUCACUGAGUUCCAGCGCUAUCUUUGCUCGUAACGUGUAGCUGUCAGGUUCAUGUAGCUUAUAUUAGACUGUAGCUUUCGCCACUUGGGAGUAUUUGACUGUGUCAUAUUGUCAGUCACUACACAUAAGGUGGUGUCCGGUCUUCUUUGCUUAUUGAAACAUCGCUGUGGGAGUUAUAAGUAUGGCAAAUGCUAUGUGCCAUUGUUUUUUGUAAAUAUUUUAACGACAACUACUUCUGCCUCGUAGGAUUUUGCUGUGUUGUGUCGAUUAUGACGAUCAGACUGUGGUUUUAUCCUCUGCAGUUUUGAGUUUCUUUGUGCUCUAGUUCCAUCGUCUUCUUUGUGUCAGUGGUUUUUGUUCACCUUGUAGUUGUAGUCGUAGGUUGAAUUUCGAGACCUUAGCUGUUAAAUUACUCACUACUUUUGGCCGCAGGACUGCCAACAAUUUUGCAGGCGUGCCAACUUCCCUAGUGGUAGUGCACGACUUGUAAAGCUUCACAUCGGAUCUUCAUCGGUUGCCAUUCUACUUUGUUUGCAUGGACAGUCAUACUGCCGUAGUAGUCCUCUGGUACGGUGGUAUAGGGACGCUUGCCUAUCAGGUUACAAAACGUACUCGUGUCCCUGUGCCUUGGAUUUUUCUGACUGACGACGGUUUUUAUGUCAGAAAUGGGCAUCUCCAUCUCCCCUGUCUUUGUGGGUACCUGCUUACCUGUCUGUAGCACUGGUCGGAGUGCAACCGCCUGUGAGGACUGUAGAUUGAGCUCCAAGACAACGGGACGAGCACGCCCCGUAACCUGAUUGGUGGCCGCCCUUCUGCCAUAGUUAAUGUGUCCGAUGAAAACCGACAGGACAACGAGCCCGUGGCUCAGUGGUUAUAGCUUUGGAUUUACCAGCAUUGGGUAACCAAAAGAACUCAGGUCCUAACCCCAGACAUGGGGUUGGGCAUAGCUUGCUGACGACGGCUAGUAAGCCGGAGAUGGCUGUUCCGGCCUUUGUCGUUUUUGUCAGUUCCCUUAAUCGUCUAGUUGCUCACGUAGAAAUGUCUCCUCCCUGGCAUUCAUUGUAGGCGAGUAUUUCAAGAGGUCUGGAUGGGGAAAUGUAUCACCAUUAUUUUUGCAUAGAACCUAAAGCGUUCUAAACUUCUUACUGGAUUGCUACUCAGUUUCUGACCUGAGUGGGUUUUUCUGUCCAUAGCCAAGAACCACACCUCAAUUACUUCGCGCUCUACCCUUGAAAAUGAUGACGGGACGGACGCCACUCAAACCGUUGCCUCGAAGGCGAAGUCCCCCGGCACACCUUCCGCAGUCAAUGUAACUCGAAGGAAGCGCCAAGCUUCCGACUCAGAGAAGCCUGCUCUCCCAAGUAAAAAACCUGCUACUACCGCUGCCAAUCUGAGUGGUAAGAACGUAACCCACCUGCUUAUGACAACGGCAUGACCACAAGACAUAUGUUUUUCACCUACCACUGCAACCAACUCGCCGGUUGACUUUGAAAUGCCGUCUUUGUUUCUUCCUUGCUUUCGAUCGGCCCAAUAACAUGUGGAAUAAUUUUUUUGUUCGGAAAUACUCGGAUAUUUAUUUACCAGAUGCAUAUUUCACUGAAAGUAGACCGGUAGAACGCUGGAACCACAAGCGAGCAAAUACAUAGACCAUUUGCUAAUAGAAGCGAAGAAGCGAGUCCCAGAAAGUAGUCACCAAGAAGGAGAGACGAUCCUUGCAACAAGAGCUUUAUUAGUCCGACGUUUCGGAUUCGCACUCGAAGCCACCAUCAGAGACAGAGUAAGAUAAGUGUGGUAGAUUGGCCAGUAUUUAUAGGAUGUAGUUGCUAGGCCGCCAUAUGCCUAUCCCCGUUAGCAGCUCCCGAGUGUAUCACGGCUCGACCGGCCAGGUGUUGAAUUAUGCGGUUGAUAUGCGCUUGUGUGUCGGUCAAGAUUAUUGGCCCCCACGCUCAUCGCACGCCGUCGAGUUGUUGACUGCCGGAUUUCGUCAUUCGUUUGGACUCUGGGGCAAUUCGACUCGCCGGCAUUGACACCAUGAACGGUGGUCAUGCGCACAUUCUCCUCGCGGUUAACUACUUUGCCUAGACGAAGUCUCGGCGCCGAAUAUGGGACGGGGGAACGUUGUGUUUGUUGAUUGAUUGAGGGCCGGGAAACCAUGACUCGAGCAGUUUGCGGCUCGCGCAGUUGUCACCUCUAGCAAAAAUUUAUGCCUCGUCAAACUUGAAUGUGUGGUUGGGUCCCGUCGACUGAGCCGCCACUUGGGAGCUGGCAUCUCUCCUCCUCCCCGCUGCUGCGUGCUCGGCCAUCCGCGUCCGCAGUAGUCACAACCGCAUGAACUGCAAACUGCUCGAGUCAAGGUUUUCCGGCCCUCAACAAGCACGGCGACCUCCCCGCUCCAUAUUCGUCGCCGAGACUUCGUCUAGGCAAAGUAUUUAUCCGCGAGGGGAGCGUGCGGAUGACCACCGUUCCUAGUGUCAAUGUCGGCGAGCCAAACUGACGAAGAGUCGAUACGGAUGACGACAUCUGGCAUUGGCCGAAAUACUUAAUUAUCAUUUUAGUUAGAAGUUGAGAUACUGGUUAGUGUGCAGCAGAUUUCCGAAGUAUUUCAUAGGCCACACGAUGCUGUAAUCUUUCCAGCCACCCGAGAAAAUUCCACUUACGGUAACUGACUGCUUCAGUAAUGCGGCGUUUUCCGUUGAUUUCCGAUAUUUUUAGAUUCAAACAUAUUUCGUGGAAAGUAUGCCCAGAAGCAUCCUUUCGAUAGAUCACGCUUUUUGCUGGACGUAAUACUCAUAAAAGGGGAUCCUUCAGUUUUAAAGCAAUAUUUCCCCGGAAUGAAUUUGAAGUAGGCAUGGACAGCAGAAUUUAUUGGAACCAGUAAACUGCGGGACAACCUAUCAACUGCAGCCUCUCGUUCCAUAACGCAGAUAACAAGUGAGAAACGCACAGGGGCUUGAACUUCGACAGGAAAAAUCAAUGUAAAACAGCAAGGUCAUCGUAUAUUGCACGCAGACUAAUCAAUAAAAUGGUAACUUCAAAACGCAACACAGGAAAGAAAAUGGGGAGGUAAACACGUCGAGGGAUUUCGUAAAUCAAAAGGGGCUCAGGUCUACCAGGGCAAGCUGAGGUUAACCACGCGGUCUAACUGUUUACAAAGGUCGGCUUUCUCCCGCCGUAUGUAGGCUGCCUCCAGGUAGCGCAAUAACCGAGUUGUUCGUGCUCGAACUAAUACUCGAAAAGAUGUUUUGCGGUCAACCGAAUAGCCACUAUCAAGGAGGUGUUUUGUGAUAGAAGACUGUGGAAUCUUAUUCUCCAGCUUUAGAAGCUGCAGAAUAUGAGUUCAGCUGAGUUGUAAGUUCUUUCAAUGGCGCAUCUCAAUCGCCGCUUGAUGGCAUUUGAGAUGUUGUUGCCCUUAAAGGGUAAGGAUAUUACAACGGACUUUUUCGGAACUGAUUGCUCCGUCAAUUUUGGCCGUAAAGUGUUGCUAUACUUUUCGGUGAAUCGUGUUGGAUAUCCACAUUUAAGCAGGGCUGUUUUGAGGCAAGAAAUUUCAUAAUCCAGCGUUUCAAUAGAGCAAAUAUUUCUUGCUCUUUGGAAUAGAGUGUAAACCAAAUUUCGCUUUCUUCGUAUCAACACAAAGCUCAAGGAGUGCAGUUAUUGGCCUUUCCAUGUAUACUUGUGGAAAACAGAUCGCCUUAUUGAACCAUCUCCCUUUGUAGUCAUGAGGACAUCCAGGAAAGAAAGCUUGCUGCACUGCUCUUUUUCCAUUGUGAAUUUAAUCUUAGGAUGGAGACUGAUCAUGGCAACAAGUAGAUCUUCGGCUUCAUCGUCGUUAUCAACAAUAGCAAAAAUAUUGUCUACAUAUCUUUUGCACUGUAUUUUCAUAUUCAAUUUUACUGACGACUUUUCUUCUAAGUGACCCAUAAAAAUGUCGGCAAGGGUUGGACCAAGUGGACUUCCCAUUUCCACUCCAUCAAUUUGUCUGUAUAGCUGUCCAUUGAACAGAGAUUGGACGUUUUUCGUGCAAGGUUUCAUCCAGUGGUACAUUUGUGAAUAGUGAUACAACGUCCAAGGAUAUUAUGCUUUCGUUGAAAAUGUUAUGCAACGACAGGCUGCAGUUGAUAAGCCGUCGCGAAAUUUACUGGUUCCAACAUAUUUUGCUGUCCAUGCCUGCUUUAAAUUCAUUCCGGGGAAAUAAUGCUUCAAGGUUCUCAAACAGCACCUCCCCUCAGACAUAAUUAAGUCCUUGGAAAGGAUCUUGCUACUGCGAUGCAGAAUAACGAGGGAGAAUACACGCGUUGAAUUUCUUCGGAGUUGCAUAAACAGCAAGGAGUAUCUUGUGGAAUUUUACGAGAUUCCGCGUCGAGGCGGAUUCUUCCACUGCCUUGGUUUUAUCAUUCACGGGCGUUUCGAGACGAAAUUAACUAUGAUCGUCUAAAAUGGAUUUCAUUUUGCUUACGUAGUUUCUCCGGUUAAGAAUGACAACUCCGUGGCCAUUGUCAGGCUUGGAAAUUACUACUUGUUCAUGGCGCUUCAAUGCAGCUAAGGCAGCCACGUGUUCUUUAGUUAUUGGUGUUGGUUGCGCUAUUUUCGACUUACAAAAUUAAAUACAGUUUCCAUUUUAUUGAAGAAAUAAAGCAUCAGAACAUUUCCAACAAAACCAUGAUAUCCUUGGACGUUGUAUCACUAUUCACGAAUGUACCACUGGAUGAGACUAUCGAUAUCAUAUGCGCCCAUGCGUCUGAAACCCGCCUUUUAUCCGAAGUACUACGUGACCUGUUGAAACCUUGCACGAAAAACGUCCAAUCUCUGUUCAAUGGACAGCUAUACAGACAAAUUGAUGGAGUGGAAAUGGGAAGUCCACUUGGUCCAACCCUUGCCGACAUUUUUAUGGGUCACUUAGAAGAAAAGUCGUCAGUAAAAUUGAAUAUGAAAAUACAGUGCAAAAGAUAUGUAGACAAUAUUUUUGCUAUUGUUGAUAACGACGAUGAAGCCGAAGAUCUACUUGUUGCCAUGAUCAGUCUCCAUCCUAACAUUAAAUUCACAAUGGAAAAAGAGCAGUGCAGCAAGCUUUCUUUCCUGGAUGUCCUCAUGACUACAAAGGGAGAUGGUUCAAUAAGGCGAUCUGUUUUCCACAAGUAUACAUGGAAAGGCCAAUAACUGCACUCCUUGAGCUUUGUGUUGAUACGAAGAAAGCGAAAUUUGGUUUACACUCUAUUCCAAAGAGCAAGAAAUAUUUGCUCUAUUGAAACGCUGGAUUAUGAAAUUUCUUGCCUCAAAACAGCCCUGCUUAAAUGUGGAUAUCCAACACGAUUCACCGAAAAGUAUAGCAACACUUUACGGCCAAAAUUGACGGAGCAAUCAGUUCCGAAAAAGUCCGUUGUAAUAUCCUUACCCUUUAAGGGCAACAACAUCUCCAAUGCCAUCAAGCGGCGAUUGAGAUGCGCCAUUGAAAGAACUUACAACUCAGCUGAACUCAUAUUCUGCAGCUUCUAAAGCUGGAGAAUAAGAUUCCACAGUCUUCUAUCACAAAACACCUCCUUGAUAGUGGCUAUUCGGUUGACCGCAAAACAUCUUUUCGAGUAUUAGUUCGAGCACGAACAACUCGGUUAUUGCGCUACCUGGAGGCAGCCUACAUACGGCGGGAGAAAGCCGACCUUUGUAAACAGUUAGACCGCGUGGUUAACCUCAGCUUGCCCUGGUAGACCUGAGCCCCUUUUGAUUUACGAAAUCCCUCGACGUGUUUACCUCCCCAUUUUCUUUCCUGUGUUGCGUUUUGAAGUUACCAUUUUAUUGAUUAGUCUGCGUGCAAUAUACGAUGACCUUGCUGUUUUACAUUGAUUUUUCCUGUCGAAGUUCAAGCCCCUGUGCGUUUCUCACUUGUUAUCUGUGUUAUGGAACGAGAGGCUGCAGUUGAUAGGUUGUCCCGCAGUUUACUGGUUCCAAUAAAUUCUGCUGCCUAUGCCUGCUUUAAAAUCUCUUAUUUUGUCUCUUCUUGUGCUUGCGUUUAGGUUUGAUGAGUUGAUUUUAAGAGGUGACCGACCGAUGAAGGCAACUCGGGUGCGAAACUAGUUCAGCGCCGAUCUUCCCAUUCCCAUUAUGAUUGCGGCACAUUUACACGACUAAAAGACAAAUGGCUACGAAAUCCUGCACAGUUCACAUGUGCAAAUUCUACGUCACGACUAAUUCUUAAUCUGGGACAAGACGCACCCUCUGACCUCAUCUGAUAUACCUGGUCACUUGACUCGAUUAACAGGGUGCGGUCGCUAUCAUAAUCACAGUGUUGCACGCGAGAUAGCUGGUCAGUGCGCAGUACUCAAACUUAUCAUUACGAUCCGUUUCCGUCUUGCCGGGUAUUUUUGUUGCCUCUCAAAAUACUGCUGAAGAAGCGGCUCCUUCACAUGUGUUUCCAUCCUCUUUUUAACUCCUCAACGCCUCGUACGCCUUUAGGAAACACGAGGAAGCCAAAAUUGAACGCUUCUGGCGAUGCAGACUCCACCCUCAACAUGUCAUCCUUUCCAAACGCUGCAUCCACUCCGGCUCAGGGCGUCGCCCCUAAAAAGCCCCCGCGACACUCCCUACCGGCACUAAGCAACGGCGCCAAAAAGGUAGCCGAAGUUAAACCUCCAGGAUCGGCACCACGACAGCCCUUCCGACGAGUUCCUGACGACUGUGUGAAAGUGAAUCCCCAUCUAGCUGACAACUCAUUUGCUGCCAAGGUAGGCCCGCCCCAGCGCUCUUUUUGUUCUCUUUCUAGACAAAUGAUAAGGCUGUGUUGCCCGCCCUAUCGGUAUCCCGACUCACUAUGGACAGCCUUUGCAUUUGACGCCUAUAGCCUUCCAGACUGUUCAGGUUGUUUUGUGACUAGCAAUCAGCGCAUAUUUCCGGCUCCACCAAAAAGCUAGGUAUUUAUCAAUGGGGCUCAAGUCACACCACUUCCCCUCACACCUUGAUGUGAUUCAGUCCGUACAAAUUGACCAGCGCUUAGUGAAGCGUUUGGUAGCACACAGAGAAGGGUCGUUCAGUGUCCAGUACUUGUUGGCCAUGUGCUCAUUUUAGUAGUCCAACUACCUGGCUGGACGCAAUUCAUUGUGUCCCGGAAGAUAAGAGACACUGAUGAUCGGUAACGACCGUGAAACAGCUGUCUGCGUCUGGCCUGUUGCACUCCUAGCGAGCUGCCUAUGUAUUAUAUGGGGUAUGUGUUCGUUGUCGCCAGUAGCAAGCUGGUGGGCGGUCAGAAUGGGAUCGAGUGAGAUCCUAACCACAACAGUGAGGGUCAAACGCCCACUUGACAUGCUUAUAUACCUCACUACAUAAAGCCUAUGACGUACUGAUGAUCGGUGACGAUCGUGAAACAGCUGUCUGCGUCUGGCCUGUUGCACUCCUAGUGAGCUGCCUAUGUGUUAUGUGUCCUAUGACACAGUGGUCGUUGUCGCCAGUAGCAACCUGGCAGGCGGACAGAAUGGGAUCGAAUGAGAUCCUAACUACAACAGUGAGGGUCAGACGCCCGCUUGACAUGCAGAUAAGAGUGUCCAGCAGUUAGAAGACAUCCCAUCACCAAACUAGAGAUAUAGCCCUCAGACAUUCGUUUUGCCCAAGCCGACUAGGGUUACCGGUCCGCGGACAACCAAGUAUGCGCUAAUAAAUUCCUAGGACCCACGCCGUCAACCCGAGGCCUCCGCAUCUACGAAUCUAGAGGUUUGUGGAAAAUCUGCCUCACCCCACCAUGGGAUGUUCUCUGCCAGUCUGUUUGUGUGUGUGUGUGUUUACGUAUUUGAAGGGCUCCCUCACCCUGUUUGUUCAGCAGUCGAGAAGGACACAUCAGUCAACAACAGUCCUGUUUUCUCCUUCCAGGUGGGUGCGCGUGGAAGCUUUGGCGAGAAGGCCGACAUGACGCUGAAACACACGCGAGGCAAGGACUUCCGCCACGAAAAGACGAAGAAGAAACGCGGCACCUACUCUGGUGGCGCCAUCACAACAGAAGUGUGCUCCUUCAAGUUCGACGAUUAG